AUGGCCACCCUCAGACCUCUAGUGAAGUUCAAGAUUGUUAAAAAGAGGACCAAGAAGUUCAUCCAGCACCAGCCCAACCAAUAUGUCAAAAUUAAGUGCAGCUGGUGGAAAUCCAGAGGCAUUGACAAGAGGGUACACAGAAAAUUCAAGGGCCAGAUCUUGAGGCCCAACACUGGUUAUGGGAGCAACAAGAAAGCAAAGUACAUGGUGCCCAGUGGCUUCCACAAGUUCCUCGUCCACAAUGUCAAGAAGCUUGAAGUGCUGCUGAUACACAAUAAAUCUUACUAUGCAGAGAUUGCUCACAAUGGUUCCUCUAAGAACCACAUAGCUAUAUAG